AUGUCUGUUGAACGGCCACAUCCUGAAUAUCCGCGAAGUAAUGUUGCGAAAUUUGGUGGAUACGACCCAAACAAAUACGCACUUGAUAGAGUCUCAGGCACUGUUAGGACUAAUGAAAGCUUGACACCAGGCCAACCGGCUCGGUUGACCCAGCCAUCUAUCGAUAAAUUCCUUCGCCCAUUGACAAGAGAAUUAGAUGAAGUUCCACCAAGACCUACUAUACAAGAGUUAUCCGACACUGUAAUCGACAAGAUGGUUCAAAGAGAUAAAGCUUUUUGGGUUGACAAACCUGGUGCCAAUGCUUAUACCCUUCAUGAUGCUUAUUACAACUAUGAUAUGGUGACAGAGAAAGUUUUGCCACCCCGCCAAGCUGUAUUUCCUCGUUCCUAUCAGUAUGACCUUGACUGUGUCAAAUACCGGCGUCAGCAUCCUCAUGGUGGAUUGAAACAAAAUGCCAAUUUACAGGUAAAAGAAUACGAAGCCGCAUCAGAUUCAACGCAAAAGAGAUGGCGAAGUUAUCCCGACUUAACAACUCCUCUAACGCCAGAACAAAUACUGAGAUUAAUGAAAGAGGUUGGUCGACCGUUCAAAAAUGACGCGUGCAAUUGGUACUACGAGAAUUAUCCAACAAUUAAAUAUAAUUGCAUAGUACGUAAAUUUUCAAAGUAA